AUGACGACAUGCUACAUAACAUCACCAAAUGCGUACGACGAAUUAAAAAGAUUCAUGGAGAAGACUCGCCCCAUAAUGCGUCGUUCAAUGGUCGACUAUACCCCGACUUUUAUUAAACGCAAAAUAAUCGAAAGUGGCAAUGCAUUGAAAUUUGAGAACGUUCAGAGAGAGGCAACGACACAACAAAUGGACGAGUCGCCGAAUGAUAAUAGCUUGGCUCUUGUUGUCUACAAAGAUCCACUUGCCUUCGUGAAGCAGAGCGAGUUGCCUUCAGCAGAUUCUAUGGAGGAAGUCUUCUAA